AAGGAAGUAACGUCACCGGGGAGAGCAGAGAAGCCGGGUUGUGGCGCGGCCGUGAAGGCGCUUCACCGACAACAUGUCUCAUUUACCGAUGAAACUUUUACGCAAGAAGAUCGAGAAGCGGAACCUCAAAUUGCGACAGCGAAACCUAAAGCUCCAGGGGGCCUCAGCUGUGAGCUUGUCAGAAGCUCAAAACGGAGAUGUGUCUGAAGGAACAGUGGGAGGUGGAAAAAUUAAAAAGGCCCUAAAACAGUCUGUGACUGUGGGCUUGUCAGAAACCCAAAAUGGAGACAUCUCUGAAGAAGCAGUAGUAGGUGGAAAAGUUAAAAAAUUCCUGAAACAGUCUAUGAAUGCAGGCUGGUCAGAAGCCCAAAAUGGAGACUUACCUAAAGAAACAGUGGAAAAUGUAAAAGUUAAAAAAUCCUCCAAGAAAUCUACCACACUGACCAGUGGGGAAGCAGCAUUGCAGUCUCCCAAUUCAGAAUCAAAAAAGAAGAAGAAGAAGAAGAAGAAGAGAAAAAUAGUGGAUGAUACUGGGCCUGAUUCCAAAAAAGCAAAAACUGAAGACAAAGGAGACUCUGAAGAUGGUGCCCAGGCUCCUGAAGAAACAGGAAACAGUGUGGAGAAGCCAGACAAUGAGGACGAUGACAGCAUGGUGCCCAGCCUGCCCCUGGGACUGACAGGAGCUUUUGAGGAUACUUUGUUUGAUUCUCUGACUAAUCUUGUCAAUGAGAACACUCUGAAGGCAAUAAAAGAAAUGGGCUUUACAAACAUGACUGAAAUUCAGCAUAAAAGUAUCAGACCACUUCUGGAAGGCAGGGAUCUUCUAGCAGCUGCAAAAACAGGCAGUGGCAAAACCCUGGCAUUUCUCAUUCCUGCAGUUGAACUCGUUGUUAAGUUAAAGUUCAUGCCCAGGAAUGGAACAGGAGUCCUUAUUCUCUCACCUACUAGGGAACUGGCCAUGCAGACUUUUGGUGUCCUUAAGGAGCUGAUGACACACCAUGUUCACACGUAUGGGUUAAUAAUGGGUGGCAGCAACAGAUCUGCUGAAGCACAGAAGCUUGCCAAUGGGAUCAACGUCAUUGUGGCCACACCAGGCCGUCUCCUGGACCAUAUGCAGAAUACCCCAGGGUUUAUGUAUAAAAACCUACAGUGUCUGGUUAUUGAUGAGGCUGAUCGUAUCUUGGAUGUUGGGUUUGAAGAAGAAUUAAAGCAAAUUAUUAAACUUCUGCCAACCCGCAGACAGACCAUGCUCUUUUCUGCCACACAAACUCGAAAAGUUGAAGACCUGGCAAGGAUUUCUCUGAAAAAGGAGCCCUUGUAUGUUGGUGUUGAUGACGAUAAAGCUCAUGCAACCGUGGACGGUCUUGAGCAGGGAUACGUUGUCUGUCCUUCCGAAAAGAGAUUCCUCCUCCUCUUUACAUUCCUUAAGAAGAACCGGAAGAAGAAACUGAUGGUCUUCUUUUCGUCCUGUAAGUCCGUGAAAUACCACUAUGAGUUGCUGAACUACAUCGAUUUGCCUGUCUUGGCCAUUCAUGGAAGGCAGAAACAAAACAAGCGUACGACCACGUUCUUCCAGUUCUGCAAUGCAGAUUCGGGGAUCUUGUUGUGUACAGACGUGGCAGCUAGAGGGCUGGACAUUCCUGAAGUGGACUGGAUUGUUCAGUAUGACCCUCCGGAUGACCCCAAGGAAUACAUUCAUCGUGUGGGCAGAACAGCCAGAGGCCUGAACGGCAGAGGGCAUGCCUUGCUCAUUUUGCGCCCUGAAGAAUUGGGUUUCCUUCGCUACUUGAAGCAAUCCAAGGUUCCUUUAAGUGAAUUUGAGUUUUCCUGGUCCAAAAUUUCUGACAUUCAGUCUCAGCUUGAAAAACUGAUUGAAAAGAACUACUUCCUUCAUAAGUCAGCCCAGGAAGCGUAUAAGUCAUACAUUCGAGCGUAUGAUUCCCAUUCGCUGAAACAGAUCUUUAAUGUUAAUAACUUAAACUUGCCUCAGGUUGCUCUGUCGUUUGGUUUCAAGGUGCCUCCUUUUGUUGAUUUGAACGUGAACAGCAACGACGGCAAACUUAAAAAAAGGGGCGGCGGCGGUGGCUUCGGCUACCAGAAAGCCAGAAAAGUCGAGAAGUCCAAGAUCUUCAAGCACAUAAGCAGGAAACCAUCUGACGGCAGGCAGUUCUCUCACUGAAGACACGCCUUUGUCCUGAAAUGGAAUUUUUUUUUUUUUCUUGCUCUAACAAAGGAAUUGUUGCCAUAGGAUUUGGGACUCGUCUAACGAGUAUGAAUGGACUUGGGGCGCCGGCACUGACAUUUCCAGUGGGUCUCCUCUUCGGGGAUAUAAAACAGUUCAGUAUUUCUUGAUUGGCCAAGGACGAAGCAGGGGACCUUCUUAGUCUGUGUGAUGAUAGAAUGUUUUUAAGUUUAAAUCUUUUCUUCCCCAGACUGGUUAGUGUUGUAGUGUAACUCCUUUGGCACCUUUCCUUCCUGGCGUCUGAAGAUGUGUAUGGCUUAGGGUGCCGUGUCAGCCUGCCACACAGGGCAGGUGCCACACAGGGCAGCUGACACUGGACAGCUGAAAUUAUCUCAGUUUAUUUUUUUGGUUUUGGUUGUUUCUUGGACCUUUCGUUGUUUCUUGGUCCUUAACUUCAGUAGUUUUCUGACCCCUCCUGAAAAUGCUGCCACGUAAAAGGGCAGAGAGCUUUGGGAAAUACCUAAGACGCACCUCCGGUUAAAGGUGGCACUGUGUUUUUUAUAUGUUGGAUUUUAAAACAAUGAUCCUUUCUCCAUUUUACUUUUUUAAGGGUAAGAAAUACGGGUUGUCAUUGUUAUUUGAAUAAAGUGCCCCAGCAGUCCUGACAUGGAGGGUAGGGUGGGGAUGAGAUCUGAGAGUUUUGAGCCUCAUUUACAGGUGUAAUACUCUGCUGUUCUCCAUUUGGUAACUUAGCAGACUUUUGUUUUUAAGGCACAGAGAAUGGUGACACUCCUCAGUCAAACUUGUUUGUUUGAAGUGGUUUGGAUUUUGGUGAGCCCUUCCAACUCUUCAUAGUACUUAGAAGACAAAGCAUCUUUUUGAGAAAAAUUGCCUCUUCCAAAUCCAUGAAACAAAAAUAGAUUUAUGGUGAAAAUUGAAAAUGAACACACAUCAGAAUGAGCAGCAAAGUCAGUGGUUUAGUCAGAUGGGGUUUUUUGUUGUAGGAACUUUUGAUUUCUGGUGUGUUUUAUGUUUUAUUUCUAGUGUGUUUUGUAACUACAGAAUGGUUAUUACAUUUUGUAGUUAUUUAAAACCAAAGUUGCUAGCAUCAUUUUGCUGUUGUACCAGCUCAUGUUCAUAGAUUCCUAUUAAAUAUAAGUAUCAAAUGUAGAAGAAACAGUCUGGUAAACAGCACUGCAGUAGGAAAAGAAAAGAAUGAUACACUGUUCCACACUUGGGCUGGACCACUGUCCCCCUAGCUAGACAUGUCCUGGGUUUCAGACCUUGAUUGCUGGACUUCCGGCAUUUAAUAACUGUUUCUCUUUCCAGUAACUAUUCUUUUUUGUUUCAGAAAUAAUCAUGUUUCAGAAAGUACACAAAAGCAAAGAGAAUAUUUAAUCACUGAACAGAAGUAAAUACUGCCAAUAUUUUGAUACAUAACCCUCCAGUGUUUUGUACACAUACUUUUUCAUUUUUUUUAUCAAAGGUGUAGUAAGUCAUCGUUACCCACUAUUUGUAACCAUCUUGUUUCAUAACAUUAUUUUCCUGUGUCAUUAAAUAAUUACAUCAAC